AUGUCCGCCAUCACCCCCCAGUCCGAGCGCGAGGCCCACGGCUGGCCCGCCGCCCCGCGCGACCUCGCCGUCCUGGUGAAGGGCACGGCGCCGGGCAAGGCGUACACUGCCGCGGACUUUGUCGUGCCCGACACGCCGCUCGCCAAGGCGGUGGAGAAGUACGCCAAGGACAACCUCCCGAGCCAGACCUUCAGCCACUCGCACAGGGUGUACCUUUACUCCAAGGCGAUCCUGGCGCAGCACUUCCCUGACUGGAAGCUCACCGACGAGACCCUCUUCCUGACGUGCAUGCUGCACGACAUCGGGACCUCGGCCCACGCGCACCGCGACACGCUCAUGUCGUUCGAGUUCUACGGCGGCUUCCUGGCGCUCAACCUGAUCCAGGAGCACGGCGGGGCCAAGGCGCAGGCCGAGAGCGUGUGCGAGUGCGUUAUCCGGCACCAGGACCUCGGGACGACGGGCACGCAGACGCAGCUCGGGGCCGUGAUCCAGCUCGCGACCGUGUUCGACAACGCGGGGCUCAACCCCAGCCUCGUGGCGACGGCGACGAUCGAAAGCGUCGUCAAGGCGUGGCCCCGCGACGGGUGGAGCGCGUGCUUUGCGGAGAAUGUCGCCGAGGAGAUUGAGCUCAAGCCGUGGUGCCACUCGACUCAUAUCGAGAACUUUUCCGGCCUCAUCAUGGCCAACAAGCUCAUGGAGCCGUACGACGCCAAGCUUUGAGGGGAGGUAGCGAGGCGGGCGAGGCGAGGCGGGGCGACGAAAGGAUUGUUUCGAGGAUCGAUGGG